AUGGAUACGCCCGACGUCCACCUCUUCCUAACAUCAGGCCGCGCCGAGCACCUCGACGAGGCGAAGCAGGCCCUCAUCAAGGCAUGGGCUGCCUCCCUCGGCUCUCGCGCUGAUGAGAUCCUCGUCAACGGCAACGACCUGACCUCCGUCGACAGCGGCGACGAGAGCGACAAGCCCCACGCCGUCCACGGCGCCGCGUCGCCUACCUUCUCCGAGCGCAGUCUGUUGAGCAGCACCGCGACCGCAAUCGCGAGCGAGCGCGAGGAGCUCGUCGUCAUGGUCGCCGAGGGCAUGACCUCGACCCUCACUUACGACGGCGUCGACGUCUGUGCGAGCCGCGUCGCCUGGGAGGUCGACCAGGCCGUUGAGAAGCUCGAGGCGCAGGGCCGCCGUGUCACCCACUUCAGUGUCGUGAGUAGCUAUGGCUUGCUCCCGAAUGUAGCUAACAAGCAGCUUGGCUACUCCCUUGGUGGCGUCGUCGCUCGUUACCUCGUCGGCCUGCUGCACGCGCGAUCCCCUAGCUUCUUCGACGAGCAUGAGCCCCUGACUCCAGACACGGUCCUCUCUGCCGGUUUGCACUGGCUCGGCUCGCGCCUCAUGUCGCGCACCGGCGAGCAGCUCCACGCCGCCGACGAGUACAGCGAACACGACACCCGCCCCCUGCUCGAGAUCAUGGCUGAUCCCAAGCACGUGUUCCACCAGGGCCUGUCGCGCUUCCGCGCGAUUCACCUGUACGCCAACAUUGUGAACGACACGACCGUGCCCUUCCCCUCUGCGAGCGUGACGACCUCAGACCCCUUCGUGCAGUGGAACGAGCGCGGCCUGGUCGCCGAGGCAGACGAGGCGGGCAUCGUCUCGGACUGGAAGUUCACCCGCCAGCCGAAGCACAAGAAGUGGAUGCCGACGCACAAGAUCGGCAACCUGCCUCCCUUCCUCCGCUUCCGCUGGCCUAUCAACUACCUGAUUUUGGGCCUGUUCCCGAUCGUGUUCCCGAUCAUCUUUUUGCUCAUUGUCCUCCGCUUCAGCCUCGACACGCGCCGCUCCCGCCGCCGCCUGCAGAAACUCGCACGCGCCGAGGCGCCCCCCGUCGCGUCGCCUACGGGCAUCCCCAAGGCCGGGCUCAGCAUCACGGCGCUCCGCAAUGCGAUUCGCGCCGUCGAGCGCGGGCUCGAGCAGGACCUCAUCCAGGCGGCAGAGUACGAUCUCGAGAUGGAGCAGGAGGCGUGCGAGGACCCAGAGUGCAAGGUCGAGGUUCCCAUCCCCGUUGUCGGCGAGACCUCCGCUACCGGCGCGGCCAAGGCGUCCUCCGCAGUCAGCCUGGACGACCUGGACAAUCUGGCCGUGGCGCCGCAGACGAUCCGCUGCUCCCUCUCGCCUCAGCAGGCGCGCAUGGCGCACUGGCUCUCCGCGCUCGAUCCCCAGCGACACCUGUGCUACUUCCCCGACGUUGCCAACAGCCACGCCGUCAUUGUCGUGCGUGAUCCCGAGCAGUUCCCCGUGCAUGCGCGCGGGCGCGGGGUGCUGCGUCAGUGGGCGGAGAUGGUCGCGCAGGAGGCGAGGGCGGCCUGUAAGGUCUAG